GCCCAGCGCAUGCGCGCAGGGACGUCAUACGGCGGCUGAGGGAGUUUGUCCCUCGCCGCUGUCCGUCCGUGAGUUGUCAAGGAAGAGGGCGAGGACGCUGCCGGGGAGGUUGACGACGGUCGCCAUGGCGGCGGCUGCAGCGGCGGCGGCCGACUCGUUAUGGGAAGACCGGGAGGUCCGCUUCGACAUCUCUUCGCAGCAAAUGAAAAUGAGACCAGGAGAAAUUCUAAUUGAUUGUUUGGAUCCUAUUGAAGAUACCAAAGGAAACAAUGGAGAGAAAGGCAGACUGUUGGUAACAAACUUAAGAAUUAUUUGGCACUCAGUAGUGCUACCUAGAGUCAACCUCUCUGUUGGCUACAAUUGUUUUGUGAAUACAACAACAAGAACUGCUAACUCGAAAUUAAGAGGUCAGACGGAAGCACUUUACAUAUUAACCAAAUUUAACAAUACUCGUUUUGAAUUCAUAUUUACAAACGUGGUUCCUGGAAGCCCCAGACUUUUCGCCUCAGUUAUUGCUGUACACAGAGCUUAUGAAACAUCAAAAAUGUACCGAGAGCUUAAAUUGAGAUGUGCAUUAAUUCAGAACAAGCAACUGAGAUUGCUACCAAAGGAACAAGUAUAUGACAAAAUAAAUGGCGUCUGGAAUUUAUCAAGUGAUCAGGGAAACCUCGGUACCUUUUUUGUUACAAAUGUUAGAGUAGUUUGGCAUGCUAAUAUGAACGACAGCUUUAACGUCAGCAUGCCAUAUCUACAAAUUCGCUCUGUGAAGAUUAGAGACUCAAAAUUUGGCUUGGCCCUUGUCAUUGAAAGCUCUCAAGCGACUGGAGGUUAUGUGCUUGGAUUUAAGAUUGACCCAGUUGAGAAAUUAGAGGAAACGGCGAAAGAAAUAAAUUCUUUGCACAAAGUGUUUUCAAUGAAUCCUAUAUUUGGAGUGGAUUAUGAAAUGGAAGAAAAGCCUAAGCAGCUAGAAGACCUGACAGUGGAACAAGUACAGGAUGAUGUUGAAAUAGAAGCAGAUGAACAGACGGAUGCUUUUGUGGCUUAUUUUGCUGAUGGAAACAAGCAACAAGACCGUGAACCUGUUUUUUCGGAAGAGUUAGGACUUGCAAUAGAGAAACUGAAAGAUGGGUUCACACUGCAAGGACUCUGGGAAGUUAUGGGAUGACAUUGGUCUAAAUAAUAUUUAAUAGGUAAAUAAAAAUGUUUAAUAUAAAAAAAACUAUGCCUGUAUGCUUUUUAAUCAAGAUGCUACAGUUACCUGUGUAUGAAGAUUUCAUGAAGGAAGAGAUAAUGUAAAGUGUAUAGUUUUCAUCUUAUGAUAAGAUUUUAUAUUUUAAAGAUAUAUUUAUGUUCUGUAAUGUAUUUGUAUAUAGUGCCAU